AUGUUAUUGCUAUUGACCACCGGUGCCAACUUGUGGCUCGCCAGUUUACGAUCAGACGAUUGGAUCGAUAAUGCCCAACUUUUAGCUCAUGCUUUCAAUGUGUUUGUGCUGCUUUUCGUGGUUGCGCUGCAUCAUGUGGAAUAUACCCGUAAUCGUAUCUCCUCUGCCGUUUUGUUGUUUUACUGGCUAUUUGUUAUUAUUGCCGACGGGAUCAAGCUGCGCGCUCUUCUCAUGAUGGAUCAACCUUCAACGGAUCCGGCUCAGUUUGUCUUGUUUGCUGUCAGCUACGGACUUGCUUUGGUCAUUUUUGUAUUUGAAAACCUCAACCGACCUAAGAAGCAGUACAUCAUGCUCGAAGAAGAUGAGUUGGAUCCACAGAACGAGUGUCCAGAGGCCCACACCAAUAUCUUUGGCAAUUUGACCUUUGGUUGGAUGACUCCAUUGAUGCGACUUGGUUAUCAAAAGCCAUUGAUCAUGGAUGAUUUAUGGAACCUUAAACACGAAGAUCAGUCCGCCGUCAUCGGAGGAAGUUUUGAAAAAUACUGGAGUCUGGAAAUGAAGAAGGAAAAACCUUCACUCUUCUGGGCCCUCACUUACAGUCUCGGUGGCCCAUUUAUUCUUGCUGCGCUGUUCAAGGCUUUGCAGGACGUUUUACAAUUUACCCAGCCGAUGCUUCUCAAGGAAUUGAUCGGCUGGGUCGGUAGCUAUGCCACCAAUGACCCUGACCCUGCUUAUCGUGGUGUUCUUAUUGCAAUUGGUAUGUUUGUGACGGCGGUGUGUCAGACCAUGUUCCUGCAUCAAUAUUUCCAUCGUUGUUUCACCACCGGUAUGAAGAUCCGUGCGGCUUUGGUCACGGCCAUUUACAGAAAGACAUUAAAGUUGAGCAAUGCCAGCCGUCAAAAGUCAACUGUGGGCGAAAUUGUCAACCACAUGAGUGUGGAUGCUCAACGUUUGAUGGAUUUGUGUACUUUCUUCCAUAUUGUGUGGAGUGGACCUUUCCAAAUUGUCAUUGCUCUGGUGUUGCUCUGGAGAACCAUGGGUCCCAGUAUUUGGGCUGGUGUGGCUGUGCUUAUCUUGGCCAUUCCAUUGAAUACCUAUAUCGCCAAAAAGAUGCGUACUUACCAAAAGACCCAGAUGGGUAACAAAGACGCAAGAGUUAAAUUAAUGAAUGAAAUUUUGAACGGUAUCAAGGUCAUCAAACUCUAUGCCUGGGAAACUCCGUUUUUGGAAAAAAUUAGUUUUAUCCGUAAUGAUCUUGAAUUGGCCAUGCUCAAGAAGAUUGGUACAUUGUCGUCGAUUCAAACGUUUACGUGGACCUCGAUUCCGUUCUUCGUUUCUCUCAGUACCUUUGCCGUGUACGUAGCAACCUCAACGGCACCUUUGACGAGUCAAAUCGCCUUUGUCGCUAUUUCGCUGUUUGGUCUCUUACAGUUCCCUUUGGCGGUGUUUCCGAACGUAAUUACAUCCAUGAUUGAAGCCUCCGUCUCUUUGUAUCGUAUUGAAGGCUAUCUGUCUUCGGAAGAACUCGAUCCCAAUGCCGUGACUCGCAUGGAUUAUCGUCAACUAAAUGAUUGGACGCCUGACGUUCCCUUGCUAGAAGUGAAUCACGGUACUUUCAAGUGGGCCGAAUCCGAUCCUGCUCCCUCGUUGAAGGAUGUCUGUAUCGGUGUGAAAAAGGGAGAAGUCACCGCCGUGGUGGGACGCGUGGGGUCCGGUAAAUCGACCUUGAUGAGUGCUUUGCUUGGUGACACUGUGAAGUUGGAAGGUCAAGUGAUUUUGCGUGGUUCCGUAGCCUAUGCUCCACAACAGCCUUGGGUUAUGAAUGCUUCCUUGAGAGACAACAUCAUUUUUGGCCAUCGCUGGGAUCCCGAUUUUUACGACAAGGUACUGGAAGCGUGUUCGCUCAAGAGCGAUAUUCAGAUUUUGGCGGCCGGCGAUCAAACGGAAAUUGGUGAACGUGGUAUCAACUUGUCCGGCGGUCAGAAAGCGCGUGUCUCGUUGGCCCGCGCCAUCUAUGCUCGUGCCGAUAUCUAUCUGUUGGAUGAUCCCUUGAGCGCUGUUGAUGCUCAUGUAGGCAAACACAUCUUUGAUCAUGUCAUCGGUCCCAACGGUUUGUUGAAGAACAAGGCUCGACUUUUGGUGACCCACGGUAUUUCGUACUUGCCCAAGGUGGAUAAUGUGAUCAUGCUUCGCGAAGGCCAAGUGGCCUUGAAUGGAACUUAUGAGGACUUGAUGGAUCGCAAGACCGAACUGUAUGCGUUGGUGACGGACUUUGGCAAUCAACUAGGCAAGGAGCCUGGCCAAGACGAAGAAGGCGAUGAUCACACGGAUGAAACGCUCGACGGCUUCGACGAAGAACAGGUCUUGUCCCCGGAUAUUGGUCGCAGCGAAGAGGAAGCGUCGUUGAACCGCGUCAAUUCGAGAGAGCGACAAAACAGUAUCAGUAGUAUGAACAGCUCCGUGACCCUGCGACGUGCUUCUCUGGUGUCUUUGGGCAAAUCGUCCAAAAAGGUGCAAGUAGGAAACGAACGAUUGAUGACCGUGGAAGAAAGUGCCAAAGGCAGUGUGGAUUGGAAUGUAUACAAGCAGUAUGCCAAGUCGUGUUCUAUUGCUGGUGUGGCCGUUGUUCUUUCUUUCCAAAUUGCCGCUCAAGCUUCGUCGGUGGGUGCCAACUUGUGGCUCAAACACUGGAGCAGCAACAAUCAACGUGACGGCACCAACAACGAUGUAUGGUUCUACCUCGGUAUCUAUGCCUUGAUUGGCUGGUCGUCGACCUUUUUCACCGUCAUCAACAACUUGACCCUUUGGAUCAAAUGUGCUAUCCGCUCAUCCAAAGUCCUUCACUCGGAGAUGCUCGAAACAAUUAUGAGAUCGCCCAUGUCUUUCUUUGAUACUACUCCUUUGGGAAGAAUCUUGAACCGAUUCAGCAAAGAUCAGCACACCGUGGACGAAGUUCUGCCAAGAACCUUCAGUGGUUAUUUCCGUGUUUUAUUCUCUGUGAUGGCUACUGUGUUUGUGAUUGCUUCGUCGACUCCUUUCUUCCUUAUCCUCAUCAUUCCUUUGGGUUUCAUUUACAUCUAUGUUCAGCGCUAUUACUUGGCGACUUCGCGUGAAUUGAAACGUUUGGACUCGGUGGGUAAGAGUCCCAUUUAUUCUCACUUUCAAGAAACUAUUUCUGGUGUGACGACCAUUCGUGCGUAUGAGCAGCAACCUCGCUUUGCAUUUGAAAAUGAAGUAAAGUUGGAUGACAACCAGCGUGCGUAUUAUCCUUCGAUUGCCUGUAACCGUUGGCUCGCUGUGCGUCUCGAGUUCAUGGGUUCCAUCAUCAUCUUUGGUGCGGCUAUUUUCGCCGUGAUUGGCGUUAUUUACGGUAGCGGUUCUUCCAUCGAUGCCGGUCUGGUCGGUCUCAGUGUAUCUUAUGCACUGAACGUCACCCAAGCCCUCAACUGGGUCAUUCGAUCCUUCUGUGAAAUCGAGACCAAUGUCGUGUCCGUGGAACGUAUCAAAGAGUAUAUUGAUCUUCCCACUGAGAAAUACAAUGCAGUUCGAGGUGUGAAUCCCAUGUGGCCCGAAAAGGGUUUGAUUGAGUUCAAGGAUUACUCCACAAGAUAUAGAGCUGGUUUGGACCUUGCGCUCCGUGACUUGUCGUUUACGGUGGCUCCUCGAGAGAAGAUUGGUAUCGUUGGCCGUACCGGUGCUGGCAAGAGUUCCCUCAGUUUGAGUUUGUUCCGUAUUGUGGAAGCUGCCAAGGGCAGUAUCUUUAUCGAUGGUGUGGAUAUCUCGACCUUGAGACUGUUUGAUCUUCGAUCUCGCCUUACGAUUAUUCCUCAAGAUCCGGUUUUAUUUGCUGGUUCGGUUCGUGAAAACUUGGAUCCUUUCGGUGCCCAUGACGAUGUACAGAUCUGGCAAGCUUUGCAGUUGGCCCAUUUGCAUGAUCAUAUUUCCAAACUGGACGGUAAAUUAAACGCGGUCGUUCUCGAAGGUGGCGAGAACUUUUCCGUCGGACAACGCCAGCUUAUCUGUCUGGCUCGCGCACUUUUGCGUCGCACAACUGUUCUCAUUCUCGAUGAAGCUACUGCAGCGAUUGACGUGGAAACCGAUGCGAUUAUCCAGGAAACGAUUCGUUCCCAAUUCGCCGACUGUACGAUUCUUACCAUUGCACACCGAAUCAACACGGUCAUGGAUUCCGAUCGUAUUCUCGUCCUGGACCAAGGUCAUAUUGCUGAAUUCGAUAACCCCGAAAAGCUUUUGGCCAACAAGCAAUCCCUGUUUUACUCCAUGACCAAAGAAGCGGGACUUGUUGAGUAA